AUGUCUAUACCUCCUCCCAGGAAUGAAAUUGCAGCGCAAGCUUCCAAAAGCACUUUGCAACGCGUCAAAAGCACUGGUGAUUCCAGUCAUGCCGACCACUUGGACUCGUCAGAUUUUCCCGAGGGUGGCGUAACAGCUUGGAGCACAGCGAUAGGAGCUUUUUUGAUACAAUUCUGUGGUGCUGGAUAUACCUGCUCAUACGGCGUCUUCCAGGACUUUUAUACUCGAACUUAUCUGAGAAUUCUACACCAUCUGCGAUUGCGUCAUGUUUCUGACUUGCAAUGCUAUAGCUGGAUAGGAGGUAUUAAUGUAUUGUUGACAUUCUCAGUUGGCCUCGUGUCAGGAAGGUUGCUUGACCGGGGCGUAUUCUAUCAUGUGAUGAAAAUCGGUUGUCUCCUCCAGUGUCUCUGCCUCUUUAUGCUGUCACUAGCGAAACCGAAUGCGUAUUAUCAAGCAAGUCUGAUCUUCCUUUCCCAAGGUAUCGGUUCUGGGGUUGGAAUAGGCCUUACGAAUGUUCCCUCAAUCACCGUGGUAUCUCAUCACUUCCAGCGACGCAGAGCUCUCGUGAUGGCACUCGUCAUGACAGGGCUGUCGACGGGUGCAAUAUUGCAACCAAUUAUACUCAACAACCUUAUCAAUGGAAGACUUGGCUUUGCAAAUGGUGUCCGUGUUAGCGCGGGCAUGAUUAGCGGUCUGCUUCUCAUAGCAUAUCUUCUGAUGCACACAAGACUCCCGCCGCAACCCCAGGCCAUUAGCUACACUCGUGUUUUACGAAACUCGUGGAGAGAUCGUCCUUAUUCUUGUGCGUGUUUAGGGAUGGCUGCUUUCGAAGUCGGGCUAUUUUUCGUGUUAUUUUAUCUCCAAUUAGACUCCCGUCUGCACGGUCUAAGCAAAGGAUUUUCGUUCUAUUCGCUUACAAUCUUUAAUACUGGUUCUUUGUCCGGAAGACUUACCGCUGGUGUUGUCUCCGCCUACAUGGGCAUCCCGAAUACGGUCAUCGGCUGCUCAUUCAUAUCAUCCGCUGUAAUAUUUUCAAUGAUUGGCUUGCGCUCGGAGGCCAGCGCGGCGCUGAUAGGUGUUAGCUAUGGUUAUUUUUCUGGAGGUUUCAUAGCAUUAAUUUCCCCGUUGAUAUCAUAUCUGACUCCCGAAGACUCAGAUAUUGGUGCUCGAAUUGGAAUAUCGUUCGCGAUGUCUGCACUUACCUUCUGCUUAGGUGCUCCGAUCUGCAGAGCUGUCCUGACCUCGCAUUACAUCUGGUGGAGGCCUGCUGUCUUAGCUGGGGUGAGUGGAUCGUGUGAAGUGGCGUUUUGCUUUUCUGGCUGA